CCAGAAGGGCAGGUUUCCGUGCCCAGUCCCUCCCCUGAACAGUGCUAAGAUUCGUUCAGAAGACCUGUAGCCAGACACCAAAUCCAAGGAGGUAAGAGGAAGCUGCAAGCUGCAACUAUAGGAAACUCUGCAAUGGCUUAUCAGGUCACAGCUCUUUCCCUAGCUUGCAUGAUGACUCUCCUUCAUGGCCUCCAGGCCUCCCUAUGCCCUCCGCUGCCCAUGCCGAACAAUGCCACCGAGUUCUCCUGCUCCUCCCCUUCUCUUCAGGAGUUCCCAACAGGCUUCCCCAAUGAGACUCUGCUCAUCUCUGUGGAGUUCACAAACAUCUCCAAGAUUGGCGCAGAUGCUCUCGUGGGCCUCAGCAAACUGCAGGAGCUUCACCUGUCCAGUAACAAACUGAGAUCUCUUCCCGACGGCCUCUUCCAUGACCUUCCAGAGUUGGCCACUUUGGAUCUCACUCGCAACCUCCUGGAAGACCUGCCACCAGGGAUCUUCAGGAACUCCAGCGUCUUGACUCAACUGAGUCUCCAUGGAAACCAGCUGGCCACCCUGCGGCCAUCUUGGUUUCACCCCUUGCGUCACCUCGCCAUGCUCGAUCUCUCUCAUAACCAGUUCACGGAGGUGCCCCCCUUUUGCUUCAGCAAGCUGGAGAACCUGACAGAUCUGGACCUCUCCUUCAAUUUUCUCCACACCUUGACUCCCCAGAUACUAGAAGGACUACUCCAUCUAGAGAAGCUGAACCUAGAAGGCAACCAGCUCCAGUCCAUUGCAGAUGGGACUUUCCAACGUACACCGAGCCUGAAGUUUCUCUUCCUCCGAAACAACACCUUGGCCAGUCUCUCAGCUGGGAUCUUUGAGCCGUUGAACCUUCUGGAACUGUUGGAUGUCUCCUACAACAAGCUCACCUCUCUCGUGCCUAAGUUUUCAAGUCAGGCAAUGAAACUCAGUCUUGAUCUAUCAGGCAAUCCCUGGGCAUGCAAAUGUCACAUGAGUGCCCUGGUGGCCUGGCUGAAGGAACAUUCUAUCUUUCUGUGGGCUGAGCAACAAACCAUCUGUGCCACCCCAAAGUACCUGGAAGGGCAGAUGAUAACAUCUCUCGCCCCUGGCAAGUUUGGCGCCUGCUGAAACAUAAGAACAUAAGAAGAGCCCUGCUGGAUCAGACCUGUGGUCCAUAGGGCAAUACCAGGCUUUGUAAGAUGGUUUAUCUUAAAUUGUUUUUGUUGAUUUUAAACUUAUGUAUCCCUAUAUGAUGUACAUCGCCUAGAGCCUGGCAUUGCCAGGAUGGGGCUAUUAAUUAAGCCAAAUAAAUCAUGAUAAUAAUUCA